AUGUCCGGUGUCGAAGUCGCAGGGUUGGUCCUCAGCGCCAUGCCCUUACUCCUUGCUGGGCUGCAACUCUACGCUGAGGGCAUCGCCGUAACAAAACGAUUCUGGAAGUAUCGUGAGGAGGUCAAUAGCCUUCUGGACGAUUUGACAGCGGAAAGUGCUGUCUACCAGAACAGCAUCGAGACGUUGUUGUUGGGUGUCGUUGAAGCCAAAGAUGUCGCGGAGUUCCUUGCGAAUCCUGGUGGCGAGCUGUGGAAGACGGCAAGCUUUGAGCGCAAGCUGAAAAGGCGCCUCGAUACAAGCUACGAGUCUUACCUCACCACCAUCCUCAAGUUACAGACUACGACCGAGAAGUUCAAAGAAAGGUUGAGGCUGGGUAAAUCGGGCCAGCCUCAAUUCUCACAGCCGCAAGCUUUCAAAGAACACUACAAGCGCCUGAGAUUCAGUCUGAGCAAAUCAGACUAUGCUGACUUGAUCAAUACCAUCCGGCAUGCGAAUACGGCACUGCAUCGAUUGACGUUCCAGAGACUGCAUAUCGAGAACCAGCAACAUGCUGAACGUAUAUCGACACCAAAUUUUAGAAGCAUCAAUGAGCGCGCGCAAGGCUUCUACUCAAUUCUAAGUUCGGGAUGGACAUGUUCUUGUCAAUCAAGUCAUGCAGUGAGCUUACGACUGGAGCCUCGAAUAGACGACGCCUCGAGCGAUGACGAUGACGAUGACGACGAUGAUAAUGAUGCAAGGAUGCGUGACCCGUUCCACGUCCUCUUCCAGUUUGGACACCAACGAGCCCCAGUAUCAGUGCUCGGCGUCAGCCGGUGGAUCUGGGACGAAGCCGACAUUCAUGUCACACGAGAACAACCAGUGCCGACAGCUGGAUAUCAUGUUCACAGCGGCAAGGGCGUUCGCUUUGUAUCGCAAGCGAAACAGGCGGUCAAGGCAGCGUCGGAGCCAGAACCAAAUCUUGAACCGAUCAAGGACCUGUGUUCAGCUAUUCAAACACUUCAGAAGCCUCAGAGGGACGUUUGUUUGACGCUUCUCGAAAGGGUGAUAGCGAAGCAAAAGUACGGAUUGAGGAUCUAUCUGACAAGGACGUUGCCACAGGACACCGAACAAUGGUCAGUGUCCACGUUACGAAAGGCCUUGCGACGCGGACGGCGGUUCCCAAAACGUGACCGCCGGCCCGGAUGUUCAGCUUACGAUCAGCCAUUCGUAUCGUCUGGACUUGACACUGGCUCUACUCCAUCGCAACCAACAAUGCCAAAGCAGCUGGGGCGCAUGAUACGGAAUCAAACUCUCUUUGCGUUAGGUGUGGCGUUGAUCGAACUUUGGUACGGCGAAUCACUCGCCGAACUUUACGAGGAUGAGGAUGGGCCAUUAGACUCGCCCGAUUUGCAGAUCAAACUCCUUACCAGAUUCAAUACCGCAGACAGAUCGGCCGAAGAGCUUGCACAUGAUGCAGGCACCAAGUACAGCGAUGCAGUCAGGAGAUGUAUACGGUGCGACUUUAGCAUGCGAGUAAAUAGCCUCGACGAUGUGCAGUUUCAGAGAGCGGUAUUCCAGGGUGUAGUGGCUAAGUUGAAGGAGUCUUAUGACUUCAUGAACUGA